UAGAAAGAGAGAGCGAGACAAACUGAGAGAGGACGCCCGAGCUGCUGUCCGGAGGUCCAGGCUGCAGUCAGCCAAGCGGACCGCAGACUGAUUGGGAGGAGGGACAGCAGCAAGCCGAUCUAUGUGCUUUUACAGGCGGACCUAGAAUCAGCGUCGCGGAGCGGGGACCGCGUCAGAACAUGGAUUCUAGUCCCGUUAGCCCGGCUUCCCUGGAUGGACUCGAGACCCCUUCACCGAAGGUGACCGAGGAGCACCCUACCAUACGACAGUCGGACAGCAACACCAGCUUCCUGCGAGCAGCGAGAGCCGGCAACGUAGACAAGGUUCUGGAAUAUUUGAAGGGAGGCGUGGACAUCAGCACCUGCAACCAGAAUGGGCUCAACGCGCUGCACCUGGCCGCUAAGGAGGGCCACAUGGAGCUGGUGGAGGAGCUGCUGGACCGCGGAGCCGGAGUGGACUCUGCUACCAAGAAAGGGAACACAGGGCUCCACAUCUCCUCUCUGGCGGGCCAGCUGGACGUGGUGAAAAUCCUCAUCAAACGGGGCGCUGAGAUCAACUCACAAUCUCAGAAUGGCUUCACUCCGCUCUACAUGGCGGCCCAGGAGAACCACCUGGAGGUGGUGCGGUACCUGCUGGAGCACGGCGGGAACCAGAGCACCGCCACCGAGGACGGCUUCACCCCGCUGGCGAUCGCUCUGCAGCAGGGCCACAAUCAGGUGGUGUCGCUGCUGCUGGAGAACGACACCAAGGGGAAGGUCCGUCUGCCCGCUCUGCACAUCGCCGCCCGCAAAGACGACACCAAGUCGGCCGCGCUGUUGCUGCAGAACGACCACAACGCCGACGUCCAGUCCAAGAUGAUGGUUAAUAGGACCACAGAGAGUGGCUUCACUCCUCUGCAUAUCGCUGCUCACUACGGGAACGUCAACGUAGCGACGCUGCUGCUGAACCGCGGGGCGGCUGUGGACUUCACUGCGCGGAACGGCAUCACUCCCCUGCAUGUGGCCUCCAAGCGAGGGAACAGCAGCAUGGUGGGUCUGCUGCUGGACCGCGGCUCACAGAUCGACGCCAAGACCAGGGACGGGCUGACCCCCCUCCACUGUGCGGCGCGGAGCGGUCACGACCCGGCGGUGGAGCUGCUGCUGGAGAGAGGAGCCCCCAUGCUGGCCCGCACCAAGAACGGCCUGUCCCCCCUCCACAUGGCGGCACAGGGCGACCACGUGGACUGUGUGAAGCACCUGCUGCAGCACGCCGCCCCAGUGGACGACGUCACCCUGGACUACCUGACCGCCCUGCACGUGGCGGCACACUGCGGCCACUACCGCGUCACCAAGCUGCUGCUGGACCAGAGGGCCGACCCCAACGCCAGGGCGCUGAACGGAUUCACGCCACUGCACAUCGCCUGCAAGAAGAACCGGGUGAAGGUGAUGGAGCUGCUGGUGAAGUACGGAGCCUCCAUCCAGGCCAUCACAGAGUCGGGUCUGACCCCGGUCCACGUGGCGGCCUUCAUGGGCCACCUGAACAUCGUCCUGCUGCUGCUGCAGAACGGAGCCUCCGCCGAUAUCAGCAACAUCCGGGGGGAGACGGCCCUCCACAUGGCAGCACGGGCCGGCCAGGUGGAGGUGGUGCGCUGCCUGCUGAGGAACGGAGCAAUGGUGGAUGCCAGAGCCAGGGAGGACCAGACUCCGCUCCACAUCGCCGCCCGUCUGGGGAAGACGGAGAUUGUGCAGCUGCUGCUGCAGCACAUGGCGCACCCCGACGCGCCCACCGCCAACGGCCACACCCCCCUGCACAUCUCCGCUCGCGAGGGCCAGCUGGAGACUGCCUCCGUGCUGCUGGAGGCCGGGGCCUCGCACUCCAUGGCCACCAAGAAAGGGUUCACUCCGCUCCACGUCGCCUCUAAGUACGGCCGUCUGGACCUGGCCGCCCUGCUCCUCUCCCGACGGGCCGCCCCCGACGCCGCGGGCAAGAACGGCCUAACCCCGCUGCACGUGGCCGCGCACUACGACCACCAACAGGUGGCGCUGCUGCUGCUGGACAAGGGGGCAUCGCCCCUCGCCACCGCCAAGAACGGCUACACUCCGCUGCACAUCGCGGCCAAGAAGAACCAGCUGGAGAUGGCGGGGGUGCUGCUGGGCCACGGCGCCCUCCCCCACACCCUGACCCAGCAGGGGGUCACCGCCCUGCACCUCGCCGCCCAGGAGGGCCACGCCCACAUGGCCGCCCUGCUGCUGAGCAAGGCAGCGCAGCCCAACACGGCCACCAAGAGCGGCCUGACCUCGCUCCACCUGGCGGCCCAGGAGGACCGAGUGGGCGUGGCCGAGGUCCUCACCCGGCACGGAGCCAACGCCGACCAGCAGACCAAACUCGGCUACACCCCCCUGAUCGUGGCCUGUCACUACGGAAACGCCAAGAUGGUUCACUUCCUGCUGCAGAACGGGGCCGGAGUUAACGCCAAGACCAAGAGUGGUUACACUCCCCUCCACCAGGCGGCGCAGCAGGGAAACACUCACAUCAUCAACCUUCUGCUGCAGGCUGGAGCCAAACCCAACGCCAUCACAGUGAACGGCAACACAGCGCUGGCCAUCGCCCGCAGGCUGGGCUACAUCUCAGUGGUGGACACCCUGAGGGUGGUGACGGAGGAGGUCACCACCACCACCACGACGGUCACAGAGAAGCACAAACUCAACGUCCCGGAGACCAUGAACGAAGAGCUGGACGUUUCUGAUGAGGAGGGUGACGACACGAUGACGGGCGACGGGGGGGAGUACCUGAGGGCCGAGGACCUGAGGGAGCUCGGGGACGACUCUCUGCCGGGGCAAUACCUGGACGGGAUGAACUACCUGCGCUACAGCCUGGAGGGAGGGGGGCGCAUGGACAGCUCUUUCAGCCCGACCCAUCACAGCUUCUACACCCCCAAACACCAGGGCUUGAUGGAGGAUCUGCUCUCCAGCCACCAGGUUUCCAAUCUAACCCGGGACAACGAGAAGGACUCGUACCGACUCAGCUGGGGAACCGAGAACCUGGACAACGUGGCUCUGUCCUCUAGUCCCAUCCCCUCUGGCCGAUCCUCUCCCUGCCGCCAUCUUGGAGAAAACAGCAGCUUCCUGGUGAGCUUCAUGGUCGACGCACGAGGCGGGGCUAUGCGGGGCUGCCGCCACAACGGACUGAGGAUCCUGGUCCCGCCCAAGAAGUGCAGCGCCCCCACCAGGGUGACCUGCCGCCUGGUGAAGAGGCACCGCCUGGCCACCAUGCCCCCCCUGCUGGAGGGCGAGGGGCUUGCCAGCCGACUGGUGGAGGUGGGGCCCUCGGGGGCCCAGUUCCUGGGUAAGCUCCACCUCCCCACAGCUCCUCCCCCCCUUAACGAGGGCGAGAGCCUCGUUAGCCGUAUUCUCCAGCUGGGCCCCCCGGGGACUAGAUUCCUUGGCCCGGUGGUGGUGGAGAUCCCCCACUUCGCGGCGCUGCGGGGGACAGAGAGGGAGCUGGUGGUGAUGAGGAGCGAGGGGGGAGAUCAGUGGAAGGAGCACCAGUGUGACCACACUGAGGAGGAGCUCAACCAGGUCCUCAACGGCAUGGAUGAGGAGCUGGACUCGCCCCAGGAGCUGGAGAGGAAGCGUAUUUGCCGGAUCAUCACGCGGGAUUUCCCACAAUACUUUGCGGUGGUGUCGCGGGUGAAGCAGGACAGCGAGCUGAUUGGGCCAGAGGGCGGCGUACUGAGCAGCACGGUGGUGCCUGCGGUGCGGGCCGCGUUCCCCCAGGGGGCGCUCACCAAGAAGAUCCGGGUGGGCCUGCAGGCCCAACCCAUGAGCCUGGAGCUGGUGCGCCGGACCCUGGGCAGCAAGGCCGCCUUCAGCCCCAUCGUCACGCUGGAGCCACGCAGGAGGAAGUUCCACAAGCCCAUCACCAUGACGCUCCCAGUCCCCGAAACCGGCUCCGACCCCGCCCUCAACGGAUUCAGGGGCGACGCGCCCUCCCUGAGGCUGCUCUGCAGCAUCACUGGAGGGACCACGCCCGCCCAGUGGGAGGACAUCACAGGGACCACGCCCCUGACCUUCACCAACGACUGCGUCUCCUUCACCACCAACGUCUCUGCCAGGUUCUGGCUGGUGGACUGCCGGCAGGCGCAGGAGUCUGUGAACUUCUCCACCCAGGUGUACCGGGAGGUCAUCUGCGUGCCUUACAUGGCCAAGUUCGUGGUCUUCGCUAAGACCCACGACCCAAUAGAGGCCCGCCUGCGCUGCUUCUGUAUGACGGACGACCGCAUGGAGAAGAGCCUGGAGCAGCAGGAGCUCUUCACUGAGGUGGCCCGCAGCCGGGACGUGGAGGUUCUGGAGGGGAAGCCCAUCUAUGCAGACUGCUGUGGUAACCUGGUGCCGCUCACCAAGAGCGGACAGCACCACCUCUUCAGCUUCUACGCCUUCAAGGAGAACCGCCUGGCACUCUUCAUCAAGGUCCGGGACAGCACCCAGGAGCCCUGCGGCCGGCUCUCCUUCAUGAGGGAACCCAGAAACUACCGCGCCUUGACCCAGAACGCCAUAUGCAACCUCAACAUUAGCCUGCCCUCAUACUGCAAGGACUCUGAUUCAGAUCAAGAACAAGAAAGCGAGUCGGGCCGACCACGAGGGAGAUACGAAGAGACAGAGACGUCCGUUCUGAAGUCAGAGUUGAUCCGCGACCCUGACCUUCUGUCUGACGUGUCCGAGAUGAAACAAGACCUGAUCAAAAUGACUGCCAUCUUGAUUGCAGAUCCCACUGAGAAAUCCCGGUCCUUAGUAGGGAGCAUUUCAGAGAAGGGGGCUGAGGAGGUGUCUGGAGGACCGUUAGAAAUAAUGGAGAAGGACUUAGAGAAGGUCAAAGAGGACUUGGAGAAGGUCAGCGAGAUCUUGAGGGGCGGGGCCUAUGAGGGAGGUCUGGCCGAGGACUGGAUCCUCCUCUCUGAUGGUGAGGUAGAGGAAGCCAGAAGGAUGGCCACCUUGACUCUCAAAGAGCCUAUCCUGCGCGAAACCCGGGCCAAUAAAGGGGCUCCCAGGCCUAAAGCCAUCAAGGAUAGCGGGGACCUGAAGGAGUAUCUUCCAGCCGCCUCCAAAACAAAAGCUCGGACGGAGGUCCACGAAAAUUUCACAGACGUUGUUCUACGUAAAAACGCAAAACCCAGCCCACCAAAAAAGUCCCAGGAUGAAUCCUCUAUUUCAGUUGUUAGAAAGCCGGUGAGGAGGAAGGGUAAAGACCCGGAGAUCUCAGAUCCUGCAGAGACGGACGGACAUCUGGGUGUCCCUGCCGCCACAGGCCCAAGGUCACCAAUAUCUCCUGUGAUUGAAGAAACGCCCAUUGGAUCAAUAAGAGAUAAAGUUAAGGCUCUACAGCAAAAAGUGGAGGCAGAACAGAAGACCAAGAAGGUCACUGGAAGCAAGCCCUCACAGUUGCCUUUCGGUAAAAUAUUGCCGAAGCCCAAAGAAAGCCCUAAAUCCAAACAGGGGCCCCCUAAGUCUCCCAAAGCUGAACAGCUGAAACCUGAGGAGACCAUGUCAGUCAAAGCGCUGAUGCAGGCUUUCCAAACAGGGCAGGAGUCCUCGAAGAGGACGGCUGGGCUUUUAGAAGUCAAGACACCCUGCAAAGCACCUUCCGAGGACCCCACAAAACAGCAAACCAUAGAUACAAAAUGUACGACAAAAGUAAUAACAACACACGUCUCUCCAGAGAGAGAACUGUCCAUGGACUCCAAGCCGAGCAAAGAGGCAGCCAUCACUGUCCCCGAUUCAGAACUGACUGAUACUGCAGACUUUGGACACGGUGGCCUGGAUGACAGCCCCGAUAGCUUGAAACACGAGGGUGUGGCAGACUCACCGAGCGCCAGUCCCGGAGAUGGGACCCCUCACUUGAGCUCUGAAGACAGCUAUAAGCACGAGGGCCUAGCGACCCCCAGCUCAAGUCCUGAAAGUCUGUCUCUCUCUCCUAAGAAUGGAGACCGCUUGACCAAAAAAUAUGAACCUGACUCCGCCACAGUCCAAGGACAAAGACAAGGCAACAAAACAUCCGCAGAAUCUGGCAUUUGGCCAAUUGAUGAACACAAUUCUACUGUAUUGAUCCCUGUCCCCACCAAUGAGGCUGCUGAUGAGCAUAGCACAAGUGAGUCCAUAGACUUUGGGACCGAAUCUAAGCCAGCUAAAGCUCGAAAGCUAAAUAAGAGAAUCUCAGAGACACUAGAGACGUUUCUUAGCGACGAGGAAGGCCCGGACAGUCAGCUCGCCGUACCGUCGGCUGGUUCCCCAGCCUCUAGAUCCUUCACUCUGAAUCAAGGGAGCUUAGACUUGCCUUUAAGACGCCAAGACUCAGAUGCCCUCAGCCCCUUAGGCGACGACUCUCUGACCAUUAGCCACAGAGACUCUUUGGAGGGUAGUCCUGUCAUGGAAGAGAAUUCCUCCCAGAAGUCUCCAGACUCCAUCGAACCUAGCCCGACCAGAGAGUCCCCCUGCCGGGACUCAUUGGAGAACAGCCCUACAGAGCAGACCAGCCGCUUACCCUUCCCUCCACACAUAGACCCCACUGCAGUGUCCUCUAGCCAGUCCUGCAGAGCCCCCGAGUUCCCACCCGAUGCUCUGCGCUCUAGGCUCCGAGACUGUGAGGCUAGUGCGGAGGACGACAGUUGUGAGCAGACAUCUCAGAUGACAAGUUCUGGUAAGAGUCCCCUUUCACCUGACACCCCCAGUUCUGAAGAGGUAAGUUAUGAGGUGAACCCUAGAUCCCCUGACCCUAUGUUCCUCCCUAUCCAAUCCAUACCAACUGUCAUCCCCGAAGACCCAGAGGAAGACAUGUCAGACAGCUGUGAGGCACAGAGAAAGAUAACCCCAGAGGAGGAGAUGUUUAAAAUGGCAGCAAAAAUAAAAACAUUUGACGAGAUGGACCAGGACGCAAGAAGCAAACAGAACUCUAGAAAACAUACAUCAGCAGAUCUUGAAAUUGGGGAUGACAGCUACAUGACAGUGGACUCCAUGAGUUACAACCCUUUCCUCAGUGAAAGUGGUCUUGCUAUUCCCAUAGAGGAUUCAGGGUUAGCUGUUUGUAUUGAUUCCCAUAUUAAAAUACAACCUCCCUCCCCUUUUCCAGCAGGUGGGCAUGAAGAAAUCAACAAGACCUCAACUACAACCACCGUUGACACAUCUGAGGGACCUCAUUCUGUCUCAGAUACAAAUUACGCAAAAGACAAACUGAACAUUUCUCUGGCACUGCCAGAGAAAGAAAUUCCAUCUGUAACGGUGGAUGACCAUAUUGGUACGGAAGCUAUCGUUGCCAAUGUAACGGCCGAGCAGAGGCAAGAAAGCUUGAGGAAACUAAGCGAAAACAAAAAAGAUGUGGAAUUAGAAGGUCAUGUGGAGUUAGGGGAGCGCCAUUCUGCUCCUAUAAAAACAGCUAGCAACAUAAAACACACAGAUCAAACGCCACAAAAAGUGACACCAGAGUCUGUAACCGGUGACUCUGUGGGGCUUGGAGUAGAUAAGGAGAAGUUGAGUCCUGGUCCUUGUAUCCCUGAUGCUAGCGAGGAAGAGCAGGGACCCCCCAAGACCGAGUCGAAGGGUGUCACUGCAAAGGCAGAAGGGGACCCCUGGAAUGCGAUGCGGGAAGACGAUGCCGCCUUUGCAGCACGCGUUAAAGAAGAGGAGCAAAAGAUCCUCAACCUGAUGGUGGAGCGUCCGUCGCAACAGGCCACCCCGGACACCACCCCUGGGAGAACCCCCACAGAGGAGGGCUCUCCCGCCAGCGAGCCCAACCCAUUCCUGUUCCAGGAGGGGAAGCUCUUUGAGAUGACUCGCAGCGGGGCUAUUGACAUGACUAAGAGGAGCUAUGAGGAGGAAGGCCCUGGCUUUGCCUUCUUCCAGAUUAGGGAGCAGCCUCUAGAGGAGGCUCCUGCUGAGGGGGGCGGGGUGGGCGCUGGUCGACCGGCUGAACCGGAGGUUGGCCUCAAUCUUACCAUCGAGGUUAGAACUCAGAAAGAGGAUGAAGUGAAAGAGGCUCCAGAUAGACAGCUUCCGUGCGCUGCUGAGGUCACACAGGUUAUCUCAGGUGAUGAUGGCUCAAAAUCUAAAAUCCCUAAAAUGGGAGUCUCAGCCUCAUCCAAAUCCACGAAGAAAGAUCCUACCCUUCCCGAAGCAGUAGAAGCUAAGGCAGAUAAACCAUCAGACGAGGGUCCUGUAGAUGUAAGCUCCUCUGAUCCAAUGAUGACAGACAUACAAACAGCAGAAAGUACAGUGACCAGGUCUGUGUACUCUGAGCAAAGCCAGGAGUCAUCUGAUUCCUCCCCAGAAGAACCCCAGUCAGUAGUAGAAUCGCCCAAAGCAGACGUUAAGGUAAAACAAGCGACAUCUGCCAAUGUCAAAAAGAUCCAGGUCAAACCCCAAGCCAAGAAUGUCUCUCAAGGUCGUGGGAAACCAACGACCCCAACUCAGUCUUACACCACUUCCUCCUCGAGGACUUUAAAAAAAGAGCCCUCAUUUACAUCUGAGUCCAAAUCUAGAAUCCCCAUCAAAGCGUCCCCUACCAAGUCUGAUUCAACAGUCAAACCCACAGACUCUACCCAGGAGAAAAGGCUUAAAAUCCCUGUUAAAAAGGACUCUAGGAGAAAAUCUGAGACAGAUGCUGGUCCCUCCGUGGAUACCAAAGCCAAGACGUCUUUCAAAGCCAAGAGCUUUUGUGAGGGGGAGUCAACCAGGCCCAAACCCAAAAAGGACCAGGGCCGUCCUUUGAGUGUGGAGUCGGCCAAGUCCAAAGGCUUCCAUUCAAGGCUGCCAGUCAGAGGGAAGGCCGGUCAGGUCACUCCUACUGCAACGCCAACCAAAGUCAAGCAGCAGCCGCAAAAAACCUCCCUUGAGUUCUUGCCCGAGAUAGGUGACGAAGCUGCAAAGCUUGUGGAGAAACUGGUUCAGGCAGAGAAAGACAAGGAGCAAGAAGCUACCGAUAAUAACUCAGAUGAUGAGAGCAGUCAUGUGGACCCUGCUGUUGUUGAAAAGGAAACAUUCCCUGAGGUGCAAUUUCCUCCUCCUGGGGGUGCGUUCCCUAUCCGGCCGCUAUGGGACCAGCCCACUGAGACGCAGUGCACCCCAGAACAUACCGUCCCCCGUCAAGUAGAUCCACAGGAUGAAGCCGAGAGGAGGGAGCAGAGGUUGGCAAUCAUAGCCGACCACCUUGGCUUCAGCUGGACAGAGCUGGCCCGAGAACUGGACUUCAGUGAGGAACGAAUCAACCAGAUAAGGGUUGGGAACCCCAACUCUCUGCAGGACCAGAGCCAUGCCUUGCUCCACCUCUGGACGAAGAGGGAGGGAACACACGCCACAGAUACCGCGCUGCUGAGAAGACUGACCAAGAUCAACCGAAUGGACAUAGUGCACAUCAUAGAGACCAAGAUCAACAAGUCCAACCAGGAGGACACAACGUCACACACCUAUGCAGAGAUCGAGCGAACGAUAGAGGACCGCAGUGAAGGGUUCUCUGCUCUUCACGAGGACAUCGAUAGUCCCAGGGCAUGCAGGCGCAGGGAGGCCUCUCCCCGCGUGGCUGGACGGCCGGUGCCUGUGGUGUCAGCAGAGGAACUGUCUGCCAGCUCGUCCUCACUUGGUGAUCAUACUGGUCGCUUGGAGACGGAUACGUCGACAACAACACUACUACAGAACGAGACGGAAAAAACACACUCUUUACAAAGAGGAUAUGAGGAGGGAGCAGGCACAGUACACUUGUGCACUUUCAAACAAGUAAGUCCUCUGUUCACAUUGAACCAAACUGCCACCUACCAACUCCAGUCUCAUGAGAUAAACCCUUUAUGCAAAGACAUGACUGAAGCAGCUGAGGGAGAGGAAUGGAGCUUGGAGUGUCUUCAGACAUCCCGACGGUGGUUGUCACCGGUCACUUGCCAACAGUUGGACACAAGUUCUUGUACGGGCGUUUGUGAGAGUCUACCAAUUUCCAUGACUGAUUUCGGAGAGAGCUUGACUGAGUCUGAGCAAGCAGAACCAGACUUUGGUGAACUGGCGAUGGAGCUCAGGGAAUCAAGGGAAGAUUGCACAGAACAUGCACCUGGUUCAGUUUCUGUAAGCCCUUUACCUCCAGCAAGAUCCUUAGAAGGAGAAUCCAGUCCUGAACCUGAACCCCUUCCUUGUCUUCCUGUAGUGGUAGAAUGUCUGGAUCAUCAGAUGACCACCAGAGAGGUCUGUUCUGAGAAGCAUAUAGAUGAAGGAUACCAGAGACUUUAUAAAGUCAUUUAUGGAUAUCAUGAUCAUUUGAAGCCUGCCAAGCCUGAUGAAAUCCACAAUGAGACAAUUCAAAGUGGUUUGUGUGUACAGGGUACUUCCAUACCCUUUCAAACUAAAGGUGAUGAACAGAAUUUAAAUUCAGUCACACCCGCCCCCAGUCAUUCCAGCAUUACAUCACGUCCUGAUUCUGCCAAUCAAGUUGUGAUAGAUAGUUUGGAAACAAAUGAUACAGAACUUGUUACACAUGGGACUUCCAGUACUUUUGCUUUGAUAUCACAUGACUCAAAUGUUGAUGCCUUGAACGAAACGUUUUGUCCCCAUGACCAGACUUCAGGACAUGACUACACUAUUGAUAUUACAUCAGCACCGAGGCUAGAUGAGGAUGCAAUGCUGCCACACAGGGAUGCAGCCUGUUGGGCACCGACACCGGAAUCUAAAGGAUUUGCAUGUAUAACCCCAUCACCAGAAUUAACUGGAAACCCGUACUCUACUAUGGAGUUUCUGGAGCCAUCUGAAAGAAGUCGGAUUCUCUCACUAGACUCGCCUCCACAUAUGGACCUUCCAUGCUCUCUGUGUACAACAAUAACCCGAUCAGAAAGCAGGUCCUCAUCACCUGACUCAUGGUCAUUAAAUCAUGAGAUUAAACUUCUUGCACCAGAUUCCCCCCUUACCCGGUUUAGACCACUCUCCCCCCUCCCACCCCUGGUGGAUCAGUGGGAUGGGAGAGACGUGUGGACCGUUCCCCAAGGGCCAUCCUUUAUAAGGAGCACACUGGCGUCUGGGUUGAGAGCAGCAGAAACAGGAGAAAGGCCUUUGACCCCAAUGGUCUCCAACCGGAUGCCGUUUGGAAGACCUGUAUCACCAAGAAGUGAGAUGAGUGGUGGGGGUUCCAUCUCACCACAGACACUUUCUUUCGACAUUGAGGACAGAGCUUCAUCCCCAGACUCUUUCGUCUCAGAAACCUUGUCUAUGCCCCGGUCCUCUGAGGUUAGAUUAGAUGACAGAUCCUCUUCCCUUGAGUCUUUCGCCUCUCUAACUGCCGACUCACAGCUUUCCCCAGACCCACCCCCACAACAGUUUGGACUCCUCGAGUUGUCCACUGCUGUGUUUGGAUCUAGAUCAUCGUCUGAGUCAUUGUUGUUCGACAUGGAGCCUGAAUGUCCGCCAAUCCUUUCUGAUGUCAGGCCAUCGUCCCUAAAUGAACACAAUCCUCUGUCCUGUGAAGGUGUACCUUUAGAAAAUGAGAUGCUGGAGUCCACAUCAAAUAAGUAUGGACCUGGAUCAUCUGAAUUGCUUACUGUUGGAGAGAACAAACCACUAUCCAAAAUAAAGCAACUAUUAGUUGAUGACGACUGGGUUUGGUUAUCAGUGUGUGAAGCAGGGCAACCGCUUGUCUCUCCGACGUGCGGCUCUAUGUCAGUUUCAGUGGCAAGAGAAGUGAAACUGUUGCCUUCAGAAGCAGCAUUGUGUUGUCCUCAACUUUCAGACACCCCACUCCAUGUCCCACAAAACGACCCACUGGAGCCAACCACAUCCCCAACAGAACACAUAAGGCCUUUAUGUUCAACAGGGGAUGUUAGUACGUCACCACAUUCCUCUGUGCUUCAGUUAGAAAUAGAGACAUCUUUAAAUGCAUGGAGAGCCCCCCAAUCGCCCUCAUCUAAAUGGGUUACCUCAGGCACACAAUCUGCUCUGGCUGGAAUUCUGAGAUCUUCUUUUGUGGACCAGUCCACUGAGGUAUCUUUCCUAGUUGAACCCAAUACAGCACCUACAGAAGAAACUGAGCCUCAUCAGGAUCAAUAUUUGGGUGUGUCUCAGACUGAAAAGGAUAAAAAGAGUUCCAGCUCCUGCCCAGACCAUUCUGAAAUCCAGCUAUUAUCACCUGGUGCCAAUUUCCCAGAAGUUCAGGUAAAAGCUUCCAUGUCCACAGCACAUCAAGCACAAACAGAGAUAGAAUGGUCUAGGUAUGACCUCUUGUAUGAUAGUGAGUUGUGGAAGUUGAUUUCUCAAGUCCAUGAUCCCCAGUAUGUAGGAGAUACAUGGAAUAAGAUAGCUAUAUUUAAAUGUGCCUCAACUUUGCCAGAUGAUGCUGCGGCACAAUCCAGAGCAAUACAAGAUAAACGGGCCUCAUUAGGCCAAAAAUCAGAAGCUUGCGCCUUUUUACCCGAAUACCGACCCGAACUGAGUCCCCUUUUACCUUGCCCAGUUCAGCUAUUGGCACACAUGAGAUGGCCCAGUCCUGAGUCUGUUUCCCCAGCAAACAGACAAAGGCCACUGUCACCAGAUUCACCAAUUGAUCGAUAUGGGCAAUCAGACUUCAAUGCAUUGGUGAAAGACUACCAAUCAUCACCAAGAGCUGGAGAUUCACCUGCAUGUUUAGACCAAGAAGAUGACCAUAUUAGGACUCCAGCAAUGCCAUGUGGAAAGAGGACAUCGGAGGCAACAGCAGCACUUAGUGAGUUGAUAGCACUCCCACCUGAUUCCUUCACACCACAGUUUGGACAAACACAGUCUAAUGAUUUAAUGUCUAUCAAUGCAUGUGGGUCAUCAUCUCUUCAAUUGGUGCCCUCAGACACUGAACAAAUCCCACUGGAUGCUGACCCAGGAAGCUUUGAAGAAAGACCAGAGUCCCCCGAAGCUUUAUCAUUUGUUAGACAUGAGGUAUCAACAGACUAUUCAUUAACUAUUCAUUCAACAUUUCAACUAGUCUUAGCUGAACUUAACAUCAGGCCAAAUCCAUGUGACCUGGCCCCACCAGAAGUGGUGUCUGACCUUCUGCCUGCUUCUGAAGAACAUGUAGCUUUAUCCCAAACAGAAAUUAAACUGCCUGUCUACAAACUUCUAUAUAAUACAGAUAUUUGCAAGUUAAUCUCUAAAAUCCACGAUCCCCAGUAUGCAGGGGGAACCUUUCUUAGUAAAACAGGACUGUUUGAAUAUGUAGGAACUAGGACAGAGUAUGAACAGGUACGAUUAGGUAUGGAAGAAUUAGAUGAAGUUUGUGAAGCUGGUUUGUUAUUAGAGGAUAAAAGUGGAGAUUUGGAAAGAUCCCUUUUACCUCAUUCUGAUGCAGAACAUAUUUCCCCACAUUACACACUACAACAGUCUGAAUAUUUUGACAAUCAGCAUACAUUGUCACCCAUCCUCAAAUCCUCAGGACAUGUGGAUGCCCCUUACCCUAACCCUCACCCCCCUCAGUACGGACCAAACUCGCCUGAGGUUUGGACUUUAGAAAAUAAAUGCAAUACUCUUGGACAAAACUCAUCCAUACUUUGUAUUUUACCCAAAUCCAUUGGUUCUUCAUUAGAGUCAGUGCCUUCAAGUGUAGACUGUAGGAGUGAAUGUUUGGUUUUAUCAAGGCCUGGAGAGAGAGAGAGUCUCCUAAUGAAUGCUCCUACAUAUAAAGCCACUCAGGUCCCAGUGUACCGACUGGUAUAUGAUGCAGAAAUUUGGAAGCUGAUCUCUCAAAUUCGUGACCCCCAGUACAUUGGAGAAAUGUUCAUGGGCAAAACAGGACAGUUUCAAAAUGCUGCAUCUUCAUCAGGUGAAUCAUUGACCACUAAUACAGUGGAGGAGGAUCUCUGUAAAGUACCUAGUGUUCAUGGCAGACCGGUCUCCGCUGGAUCAAUAAUAUUGGAAGUUAGUGAGAGACCUCUUUCAGCAGAAUCCAUAUCUGAGUAUCGCACAAUGUCACCUGAGACAGAAAAUCUCAGAUCAUCAUCUCCUGAAUCAAUAGUGUCACUCGAGAAGGCCUUAUCAAAGGACUCUCCUGUACCCCAAUAUACUCCCCACAUGGAAUCAGCAGAAUACAGGCUAGGCAGCGCACCAUCCUCACCUGUAUCUACCGCGUCAGAUUUUGAACUGGAGGUUUUUGACACUCCUUUAUUUUUGGUCAGAGAAAGAUCCCUCUCAUGGGAUUCAUUAGGAUCUGAAGUUGAAAAUAGGGCGUUGACACCUGAUUCGCCAAUCCCUGAUUUUGGACAGACAAUACUUCAGCAAAUAGCCUCUAUUGCAGAGAGUAGAUCACCCUCGCCUGUGUCUGUUGGUUCAGAUAUGAAUAAUGAGGUUGAACCCUUUCCAUCAUUGCUGUAUGAAGUUAGACCACUGUCACCCGAGUCACGGAAUUCUGUAGACCUCUGCCCAGAUUCACCUAUCCCUGAUUUUGCAACAAACGUAUUUAAACCCGUUUUAUCACUUGCCACCUCCAGAUCAAUGUCCUCUGAAUCAGUUGCAUCAGAGGUUGAGUAUGGUCCCAUGGUGUAUUCAGCUUUGCACAGUGAAAAUAGACCAGACUCCCCUGAUUCCUAUGUUUCAGUAGCUGACGUGCGGUCUCUCUCACCCGAUUCUUGUUCAGAGUAUAUCCCUUUCUCCCAUGAAGAAAUCUUGCUUAUGUCCCCAGACAGGUCAUCUACUCCAGAAGGAACAUGUUCCCUGAAUGAACUUACAGCUCUCUCCCCUGACUCUCCUAUUCCGGAUUUUAGCCAGGUGCUACAAGAGUUUACAAUGCCUCACGUGUACAGGUCUUCUUCCCCUCAGUCAUUGUCAUCAGAUUGGGAUGUGGAACCUGAACCACUUUUACUGUUUUCUUUUGAAGACAGGGGUUCAUCUCCAGCAUCAGAUGAAUCAAUCAAUAAUUUUAGACGACUAUCACCAGAUUCUCCAGUGCCUGACUUUAGACAACAUUUGCCAGAAUCAUACUCGGAUAUUAGUUGUCCCAGGUGUUUAUCGACAGAGUCGAUGGCUUCUGAUGUGGAAUAUGUAUCCUUGAUUGGACCAAUGUAUGAGUUUGAGAAGAGACCAGAUUCUCCAGAGUCAGUUUUUUCAGUUAAUGAUUGUGGACAUUUAUGUCCGGACUCUCCAAUUCCACAGUAUACACAGUAUAGCACUUCUACAGCUGGAGUACGGUAUGUAUUAACGUCCCCUGAACCGAUAAAUCAUGAAAACGAUCUGGAGACUGAUAUCUGUCUACCAUGGCUCUUUGAGGAGCGACCAGAUUCCCCUGAUUCAGGUGCAGCGGGAUAUCUGUCCCCAGAUUCUCCCAUUCCUGAGUUCAGGCAGAUGUUGGUGGACUUAAUUUCUCAUGUAGAAUACAGCUGCUAUUCACCCCAUUCAUUGUCUUCAGAUUGGGACAUGGAACCUGAUUUGCAAUCAACUUUGUUAUUAGAUGAAGACAGACCUCCUUCCUAUGAUUCAGAUGCAGCAUUUAGAUACGGACUGUCACCUGAUUCACCAUUACCUCAGUUUCAAGCAAUCAUUUCUGGAUAUUUUCCGUCAAUUGUUGGACACAGAUCGACGUCUCCAGAAUGCGUAGGUUCAGAUUCAGAAUGUGGUUCACUACAAUGGCAUGAAGACAGACCUUCAUCACCUGUUUCAGUCAUCUCUGGAGAUGAAUGCAGACUAUUAUCACCAUAUGCAAUAAGAUCGUUUGAAAUCGUUGAAGCAUACAGAGAGCUUCGAUCCAUCUCUCCUGAAUACAUUGAGUCAGAUGUUGAAUUGAAUGUAGGUGAAUGUUUAAUGCAUGGGACAUGGGAAGAAAACAGACCAAAUUCCCCUAAAUCUGUAGUUAUGGCGUGUCAAUUGUCACCUCCAUCAUUCACCUGCUCAUUACCGGGAAACAUUAAAUCACCAUCUGAAGAAUCUGAUGAAUACCAUGAUAAACAAAUUAGUUUGGAUCCACUAAGUAACGCUGACAGACUAAAAGAUAAACCAACAACCCCAAACGUUGCAGAAGCAGCAGCUUGUACAACAAAAAUUGGCUCUGAAUCAUUAAAGGAACAAACUCUUCUAAAUGCUCAGUACAAACUUGUUUAUAAGGCUGAAUUAUGGAAUUUGAUUUCUCCAGUACAUGACCCUCAGUACAGGGGGGAUACUUUUCAUAGCCAGACAGGGUGUAUGGAAUACAUUGGCAGCUCAAUGAAGGGGGGACAGAAUGAAAAAGUCAAAGGAAAAAGUAUUCCACAUUCUCCAGGCAAGGCCUCUUCAAGAGUUGCUAUAAAAAACCUGCCCAAGGCAGAGUAUAACUUGAUUUGCGGUAAUCAAUCACAAGCGUUUCAAUAUGCAUUUGGAACUGCUGCCUCUGCGGCAAUUGAUGAAACUGGGGUUAUGUCAUCAACUGAGGCAGACGGCUGGGAUCCUCCCCAUAUCAAUGAGUGGAUACCAGAGUUGAUCAUCGUGAUGCCUGAUGAAAAAUCUGUAUCAGUGUCAACUGGAUCAGUCAAUAGAUUAAGACCUCUCUCCACUUGUCCCACCUUACCUGACUUCAAAAACGAAAUACCAGAAUAUGGAACGCACCUUCACUCAAAGAGCUCCUCACAGGAGACCCCUGUAGCAUCUGCCAAUGAUGCUGUCCCUGUGGGUUUAGAACGUCAGUUGGCUGAACCUGAGCACAGACCCGUGUCAGUGGGGUGGGACGUGAACAUGGUUUAUGAGAGAGCCUCCUCUCCAGAGUCCCUGCCCGAGUUCAACGAGAACCGCUCACUGCCUCCCGACUCACCCAUCCCUGAGUUUCCAGGGUACCUUCCAGACUACAUCCCGACGUGGGCAAUGCACGGUUCCUCCUCCGCUGGCAGCUCGGAUUCAGAGGGGGAGGUGGUAGUCACAUCGUCAAGAAUCACUGAGGUCCAACGACGGCCUUCGUCCCCAGAAUCAAUUUCAUCGGUCCACAAGAUUGCACCACUACUGCCCGACUCACCAGUACCUGAGUUCAUGAGAAUACUGUCUUCCUACUUUCAGGAAAUGCCCCCUAGUUAUAGAUCAUGUUCAUCAAUAUCCCCGGUGUCUUACUCCUCAGACAAUGAGUAUGUUGCGCUGCCUAUCCAGUGUUGGAUUGGAGACACCCCAAGGCCCCUCACUCCUCAAUCAGUGAAUUCAGAAGAAGAAAUACAGUUUAAUUGUGUGGGAGCCGACAAGCUAGUCUCUGAGGCACAACUUCUGAGUCAUGUGACAUGCGUUGCACAACCUGACCGGCAUCCGUUCAAAACGUCCGAAAUGCAAACAAUAAUAACUGAGGCAGAAUUAGACCUGAGGCCUGGCCAAAAUGAUUGUCCUAAGGUGACUAGAUCUGAAUCGGAAUCCUUUGCCUGUGAGGAAUGGAUAAAAUAUGAUUCAGAACAGCCAGAGACUGUUCAAAGCAAUAUUCAUGAGCAACACAUGGGUGAUAUCCAUGAAGAGGCGUUGGACCAGCCCCAACCAUUCAGGGACCAGAACCCCAUGGGGGAGGAGGUCCAGGGCCUGGGCCACGGUGACCAUAAAGACAUGCCUCAAGGCUCAGACAUGACCUGGCCUCAAAGAUCAGAGGAAGCAAUUAUAGUUGCACAAGAAACGGAGGCCAGUAAACCGUCCAGACCGUUCAAGACAGUGGAGCUGAAUAAGUUUGAAGUCCGAUUUAAUGAGCAGAUUUCCUGUAAUGCCAAGCAAGAGAUUGUAUCCGCUCUUCAGCGCCCUGACUGGACCAGCUCCACAACGCACAGAGCUGGGACACCUGUACUCAAAUCUCCCGGCUCACAUCCGGUAUCAAAUCAGGAGUUAUCCCCCACAGAAGUACAGGCCAGUGAAACAAAGACCACCAUCCAGGAAGAAGGAGAAGAUUUAGGGUUCUCCCCAGGUUUCAAUAAAGUCCUCUCUGAUUUUGAAACCACCAUAUCUGCAUUUGAAUUAGAAAAAAAGCUUCCCAGAAAAGCCGCAGAAUCUCUGGAUUCUGACACAGAAUACUUUGACUGCGAGCAAACCUUAUCUGACUUCUCUGAAGCCGAAGAAGUGUUUCCAGCAGGUGGGUUCGCCUUUCGCAUCUCUGAGCCGCCCUCUCCGAUGCCGGGCAGCAGCCAGGGUCUGGGCUUGGUGACGGCGAGCCCUGAGUGCCGCCGGCACCCCUUCCUACGGGUGCAGGAUUACAAGCGCUUCUCGUCCGGUAGUGAAAGUCUUGGCGACUUUGCGUAUGAUUCAGACUGCUCGAAAGAGUGUCGAUCUGAAGAUGACUUCCCGUUGUGUGAGGAGCUUCCCUCCCGGGAUCAGGCAGGGAAUGUGGACGAUAAGGAGGACUUCCUGGCAAGGGAGAUAUCAGAGGAGUUAGGGCCGCUGUCCUCCGACAGCUCAGAAGAAGAGGUUCUGACCACCAGGGUGGUGCGCCGCAGAGUCAUUAUCCAGGGGGACGACUUUCCGGAGAUCCCCCCCCAAACGGUGACCGAAGAGAAGUUCAUAGAUGACCACGGGAACAUGGUAGUAAAGAAGACCACGCGGAAGGUGAUCAGAAAGUUUCUGUCUGCGGACGGAGUGGAGAGGCAGGAGGUGCAGGUGGAGGGCGCUGCGCAGGAGGCAGUGCGUGUUGAGGAAGGAGACGUGUUCUCCAGAGUGGUCAAGAGGACGGUGGUCCGCAGCCAAGGAGACCAGCAUGAGUCCACCUUCUCUGAGCCGUGGGUGCCGGCUGAAGGAAGCAGCUCCCAGUUUGAGACGGAGGCCGUGCUAGGCCGCAAGGUGAGCCGGGUGGUGAAGACGACGGUGGUACGGGGCGAUCGGCUGGAGAAGCAGACCGGGGAUGCUUCCCUGGCCGCAGACCUGCCCUCCGCCCAGGACGACUUCAGGAAGGCCUUGGGUUAUGCUGGAGGCUUCGGGGAGUACCUCCUCCUGCCUCAUGUAGUGGAGCAGGAGGUGCUGCAGGGCGACGGCUCAGUGCUCAGAAGAACCUCGAUGCGUAAGUCGCGCUCCCAGAGGAGGACGGUGGUGCGGGACGGCCAGGGGAGGAAGCAUGUGACCCUGGAGCGGCUGGACGACGCCCCGGGGCCCCCUGGAGCCGAAGCCCUCCAGCAGAAACUCCGCCUGCUGCUGCAACACUACUGCUGCGACGCCCCGCCCCUCAGGGGGGAGGGGCGGGGGACCAGCCCACCGGGAGCCGGGGGGGACCCGUCCUGUCUCCUCCCACCCGGCCCCCCCUGCUCUCCGCACCAGUCAUAACGGGUCUCUACGUCCAGCAUCUGGUCCACUGGUCUGCCUCUGGUCCACUGGUCUGCCUCUGGUCCACAGGUCCACUGGUCUGCCUCUGGUCCUCUGGUCUGCCUCUGGUCCACUGGUCUGCCUCUGGUCCACUGCUCCACUGGUCUGCCUCUGGUCCACUGGUCCACUGGUCUGCCUCUGGUCCUCUGGUCUACCUCUGGUCCACUGCUCCACUGGUCUGCCUCUGGUCCACUGGUCUGCCUCUGGUCCACUGUUCUGCCACUGGUCCACUGGUCUGCCUCUGGUCCACUGGUCCACUGGUCUGCCUCUGGUCCACUGGUCCACUGGUCUGCCUCUGGUCCACUGGUCUGCCUCUGGUCCACUGCUCCACUGGUCUGCCUCUGGUCCACUGGUCCACUGGUCUGCCUCUGGUCCACCUCUCUCGAGGCUCUUCUGCGUUUUGACAAUGCUCCCUUUAUUUCUUCUUGUUUUCAUUUUGUGACCAAAGAUAGCUGUCCAAUUUAGUGUCCUUGUUGUUUUUCCUUGUUCCUGCGUCCUAAAGGGGCGGUUCCGCCUGCCUCAGUACCACAGAGAGAGCCAAUCAGCAUGCAGAUCAAGCCGGCGGUCUGUUGGGCCUGUUCUGAAUAGACGAUUGUAAAACGACAAAGUGUAUAUAGAUGAGCGUCUUGGUUGGACUAACGCAACCCCCAGCCCCAUUACACCACCCCUAUUGCACCACCCUUAUGUUCCGCUGCUGAGACUCCGGCCCCAUUACCCCACCCAUGUUACACCACCCUUAUCUUCCUCUGCCGAGACUCCACCCCCAUUACACCACCAAUAUUACACCACCCUUAUGCCGCGUUGCUGAGACUCCACCCCCAUUACACCACCCUUAUUUUCCUCUGCUGAGACUCCACCCUCAUUACACCACCCCUAUUACACCACCCUUAUGCCCCGCUGCUGAGACUCCACCCCCAUUAAACCACCCAUAUUACACCAACCUUAUGUCCCUCUGAGACUCCAUGCCUCUCCUCUUCUUGAUGUGUGUUGCCUCUUAAACGUUCCCCACCGGUUGCAGAACUGUACUCCUCUUGUGUGACCAUGCGUGUGGGUGAGUUUUGUUGGUGUGGGUCUUUGUCACAUCUUCCCUGAUGUUAUGGGGAGAGGGGGUCCUCUGUGGGGGGACGGGGUCCUCUAGGGGGGUCUACUGUGGGGGUCCUAUUUGAGGGUCCACUGUGUUUCCGUCCUCCACUGGCUUCAGUCGUGUUGAACCCAACGAUUUUCUUUCUGAUUCUCCUGUUUUGCGCGUUUACUCUCGUGUGUUUUGAGAUUAGAAAUGAGGGAAGCUUGGACAUAACUCUGUACUCCGAAAUAUACAAAGUACUUCACAUUUCAACGAGGAAUCUAUAUAUCUUUGGUGUUACCAGUAUAAACUUUGUCUGACAAUACAACUCACAUUGCUGUUAACCAGUGUGAUACAUUUACAGGAAUAAAAAAAAUGUAAAAAAUGAUUGAUUUGAUAAGGAAGCAUCUUGUUUCCAUGGUGAUGAACAUAUUAACACUGCCGUCUAUGCGGUCUUUGCUGUUCCCACGGCACUAGCUUACAGCAGUAAAUAGUCUUUAUUUCCCCACGGUUGCCAUAGUCCCCGACAUGUCAGUGGAUCAGGACUCUGAUCUGCUGUCAGCGACAGAAUCUCAUUUUGAUGAUUCAUCAUAGAAAACAUUUGCUGCUUGAUGUUCGGACUGAUAUUUUAUAAUUGGUUGUGAUGAUCUAUUGUCUCUGAUAUCCAGUGUCUAAAUGAUAAAAACAAAUAUAAAAGUUGUUUGGUUGAAUAUAUGCACGUGAAAUUCUUGGAGUAAAGUGGAAGAUUAUUCAAGUCAAUUCAGUUUUAUUUGUAUAGCUCUCAUCAGUUACAUACUCAGAUUGCCACAGGUCAUUUAUUUAUGACACCCCCCCCUGACCCUUGACCCCCAGAGGGCAAGAAAUACUCUUAAGAGGAAGAAAUGUUGAGAAGAAAGGCAGAGUGGGGGAUCCCUUCCUCAAGGGUGGGAACAUGUGAAAUCAUUCAGUUAGUGAUAGUGAAUAUAAAGAGUGUAUGGCACUGGGGGCUGGAAGGAGAGUCCAGGCAUCCAGUCAGUCAGACUGAAGAGGGAGGUUUCAGCUUGGAUAUCUCAGCCAUCAGCUUCCCUGGUACUGGUGCAGACU